UAAAUCCAAUAAAAAAAUAUAAAAAAAACCACCCAAAUAAUGUAGUUUGUCCUUUACUGGUAAACUGGUGCAUCAUGAUAUAAGUGAUAACCUGCUGAAGUGUAUUCAGACUAUGUCUGUUGUUCAGGGAGCAAGACGUGGCUGCCAUUGAUGUGAACAUGGGAUGUCCAAAGGAAUACUCCACUAAGGGUGGAAUGGGAGCUGCUCUGCUAUCAAAUCCAGACAAGAUUGAAGCUAUCCUUAAAAAGCUUGUGAUGGGAGUCUCAGUACCAGUUACGUGUAAAAUCCGGAUUCUGCCUUCGCUGGAGGAGACGGUCAGUCUGGUGCAGCGGAUUGAGAAGACCGGGGUCGCUGCUGUUGCUGUUCACGGCAGGUUUAAGGACGAGCGUCCCAGACAUCCUGUCCACUGCGAUUACAUUCAGGCUGUUGCACAGGCUGUUUCAAUCCCUGUCAUCGCAAAUGGAGGUUCUCUAGAUUUGGUGAAGACCAACAGUGAUAUCGAGAAGUUCAGGAAAGCAACAGGAACGUCGUCCGUCAUGUUGGCUCGUGCUGCCAUGUGGAAUCCGUCUGUGUUCUGCAACCAGGGGCCACUUCCUGUGGAAAAAGUAAUGGAGGAAUACAUUAAAUAUGCAAUCCGUUAUGACAACCAUGCUUUCAACACGAAGUACUGCCUGUGCCAGAUGCUGAGAGACAAGGUGGAGUCUCCACUGGGGAAGCAGGUGCAGGCUGCACAGACCAAUGCUGAGAUAAGUGAGGCAUAUGGACUGCAAACAUUUUACCAGGAGAUCCAGCAGGACCUUAAGGCUAAGAUGGCCGCCCUUCAGAGCAGUAAUCAGCCUAACAAACCCGUAAUCGAUGGAGAUGUGACCACCAUGGCUGUCAAGUUUGAACGCAGAGACUAUCCACCCCAGAUCACACCCAAGAUGUUUCUGCUGGAGUGGAGCCGCAAAGAGAAGUUCCAACAGCCGCAGUAUGAAACGGCGCAGCGCUCUCAGGAUCGAGCAUUUCAGUCAACUGUGACUGUUGCCAACAAAAAAUACAGAUCAUCCCUUUGGGAGAAGUCAAAAAAGUUUGCAGAGCAAGCUUCUGCUAUUGUCUGCCUGCGAGUGUUGGGUGUACCAGAGGGUCGCAUCGGGGAAGAAGAUUCUGGCUUGGUCUGCAAGAGGAAGAGGGAAGGAAAGCCAAACAGCUGCAGUGAGGAAGGGAGGAGCAAGAAGCUGCAUGUUGACAUCCUGCAGGAAGCGGAAGCCCCAGGCCCCACUGUGGAAAUGAACGGUGAUGAGCAAAACCCAGCCACACCUCCAAAACAAGCAGAAACUUCAAGAGAAGCUCUCAGUUAAAACAGAAGACAGACAGAUUUCUGCAAUGUUUGACUGAACCAGAUUACUGCAGAUCAGCCUUUUGCUGUUCUAAUAUUUUGAAGCCUGGAAACUUUCCUUGGUGGAAACACUGAAAAAAAGACUCUCUCAAGAUUUGCUUAAAUCUUUCACAUUUCUAAAGGAUUAUUUUCCCAGUGGGAUCAACUGAUUCCAUCAGCUGGGACAAAGCCAGGUGGCCUUGAUGAUGCUUUUUUAUUUCAUGUAUUAUAAACUAAACUUUUGUUUAAAGUUUAAGUGGAGAGGUUUAUAUUUGUGUUUAUAGGUAAAGCAGAUCAAUUAGUUCAGUUACAAUUUUUCCACAAAAAUCAUAUAAAUCUUAAUGCCUGUGCCUUACUGCUUAAAAUUUUCCUUCUUGCUGUAAAAAGUUUUGUAAACCUGUCAAGGUGAUUUAUACAUAUUUUAAUUUACAUUCAGUCUUUAUUUCUUAAUUGGAUGGAAUAUGCUAAUAUGCUAAUGUCCGGAUGUGUAAUGACACAAUGAAAACAUAUUUGAAAGACUUUCAAACGUUCUCCUGAAAUGUCAUUAUGAAGAAAUUAUGUGAGAUAAUGCAGAACAGAUGUAGCAUUCUAGCUUUAACCAGAUUUAUUCUCCUUGUACAGUUUGGGGAUGAAUAGAAAUAGUGAGUGACCUAUACUGAUCGAGUCAGCGCCUCCUAAUGAUAAUUUUCUAAGUGAGCACAGACAACGCAUAAAGAUUUUAAAAAUCUGUUGAUGUUUGGGAUUUGAUAAAUGGCUUUAAAUAAGACAGACUGUGUGGGAAGAUGAUUGAUAAACGUUUCAUAAUUUCUGUUUGUAUCAUUUUAUGCUGUAGACUGGAUAAUGUAAUUGUUGUAGCAGAUUUCCCCCAAAGGAUACAAAUAUACACUCUUGGACAAGAGACGGAAGGGGAAAUGUUGCUACUUCAUUUCAUGAUUCACUAAAACUGUAAAAAGAUGGUAAUGGAGAACUUUGACCCUUUUAAAUGUUUUGCUAUACAGGCAAAGACCCUAUUUGAACUGUUUUUAGGAAUUGCAGUGAUCAUCUAUCUGUGUUGAUUAUGAUUAUUUGGUGUUGUCAACAUGGAUGUUAAAGUGUCCCAAAGGAGCAAAAGAGCCAUAUGAAACACUUCAAAUUUAUUUUGAACAUCAAACACACAGAGACACACACUGGACUUGACAAUCAGAAAGUUACUGAGGGUCCAAAUAUUUCCAGUCUCUUUAAUUGAGACAGCCCUAUAAAAAAAAAA